AAAAAAAAAGAGAGAUUUGUGUUUUUUUACUUAAAUGAGUCAUUUCGUUCAAGAUGUCCAAGAAAGACAAACAAUCAAGCCAGAGGCGCUGGAACCAUGCCUCUAACCCAAACCACUCAGUGGGCCUCUAAACUGGUGGACAGACUCAACCGCAGUCUUUGUGUGGUUUUGACAUUAAGUCUGAAGAAGGGUGUGUUCUUUCUUUCUUUCCUUCUUUAUCUUUCACUGAGCGCUGCCUGGUGUCUAAGAGAAAGCCGACGACUGACGAGAGACCUUCAGGUGACGCACUUGUGCAGCAGGGUGUUUGUGCAGGUCGUAGUGUGGACCAUGGCCCAAAAGGUGACCUUGGCGGUGCUGGUCUUGUUGGCCAUUGCAUCGGCAACCGUGACGGCGCAGCGGCGACGCGCGCAGGCUCAGACGCAGACGGCCAACACGGAUGAAUGGAACUACCGGGAUGGCUCUGACAGGGUCAGCAUGAGAGGGGUGGCCAACCUGACUCAGAUCUUGGACAACUGGCGCUUCGACAUACUCAACCAGAUGAAAGGACUCCUGCAGAAUGACCACCAGUCUCUGCUACCUGACUACGCCAGGAUCCAGCCUCUAUCUGAGGCUCUGGGGGAUCUCUACAAGGAGUUUAACUCCCUGAAAGCUCAUCUGGGUGAGCUGACGGAGAAGUUCACUGUCCUGGAGACCUUCAUGGAUGAGGUGAAAGCCGGCCGGGGAGCCACCCAGACCCAGACCCAGGCCUCAGCGCCCGUUCCCAGGCAAACGGGUAGGCGUGUGGUAAAAAAGAAGACCACCUCUGCAGCCACCACCUCCUAAAAUGACCAUAUUCAUACUUUUGUGCUUACUCUGCUUUUGAAUUCAAUGACAUAAUAGAAAAAAACACAAAAAUACACUUUGGUGGUGUGUAAAUAAAGCGCUUGUUAUUGGUACAAAUAAGUGAUGAGAAGCUCUCGAGUAACCAUGAAGGAUUUUCUUCCCUUCUGGAAACAUUUUUGUCGUGUCGGCACGCUUUGAGGGAUUUGCUCUUGCUGCUGGAGCUCAGCCCAACAUACUGAACCGCAUCCAAGUCAGCUUGUUAGGAUGUGCUUGCUUCCGCUUGGCGUUUUGUUUCCUGCUGCAUCACGCACACACAAACAUGUACACUUGUGCACUCCAGUAAACAAAUAAAGUCCCUUCUUGCAUCCGAGAA